CCUGCCUCGUCCGUCGUGUAGAGUGGUGUCCUGUCCCUGCGUCAUGAAAGAAAGACAAUGACAGAGGACAAGAAAUUCCCUGUUUUUAUGGAUGUCCGUAUAUAUGAGCGCCCCCAUCAAAGGAUGGUUUUUGAGCUAUUCUAUGACAUUGCCCCCUUCACUGCAGAAAACUUCCGUGCUCUAUGUACAGGAGAAAAGGGAGUCAGUCCAAAAACUAGGAAGCGUCUGCGUUACCCAAAUACUUUCUUUCAGAAGGUUAGGAAAGGUGGCUCCUAUGUGAAAGGGGGUGUUUUCGGUUGGGAAACUAGGGAAUGUGUAGAAAGUACCUAUGGUCCUCAUUUCCCAGUUCUCGAGUCAAAUAACCUCAAGCACGACAAAGAAGGGCUUCUGUCCAUGCCAAUAGGAGAUCUAGAAGCAUGUCGUUCUCACUUUUUGAUCACAUUGAAAGCUGAUCAAAGCCUUGACAGUUGGAACUUGUUGCAGUAA